GUGAGGAAAUUUCCAUCGGCCAAGUUGGCAACUCCUAUCACUGUCGAGCUCAUGGCUCCUCUCCAAAUCGCCGACUUGGAAGUCAAUCGGAGACCAAUUUGGGCUAUUCUUUUGUCUUGUUUCCAACAAUUUUUCAUCCAAGCAUCAAAUGAUAGCUACAUCCUCAAUCUUUGUGCGGUUUCUAUGAAUUCCACUUCUUUGGUUCAGUUCAUCACAAGUUUCAUUUUCCAGUUCUGAUUUUAACCUCUUAAAUCGUUGAUAUCAAGACGUUAUGGAGGAGGAACGAGUGGAUGACCGUGUUGUGAAGCGUUUGGAUUCAGAACGCGAUCCAAAUCAGAAGAACAGGCAGAGAUUUGGGGGUGUAGGUGGAGUAUUAUCGAUUGAGGAGUUCUUUGAGGACCAAGAAGUUCCUUCGUGGAGGAAGCAGCUGACGUUUAGGGCUUUUUUCGUUAGUUUUUGGCUGAGCGUUUUGUUCAGCUUCAUUGUAAUGAAGCUCAAUCUGACCACUGGUAUUAUACCUUCACUCAAUGUGUCUGCUGGUCUAUUAGGUUUCUUCUUUGUCAAGUCGUGGACGAAAUUUUUGGAGAGAUCAGGUCUCUUGAGGCAGCCUUUCACCAGGCAGGAGAAUACCGUCAUCCAAACCUGUGUUGUUGCCUCGUCUGGUAUCGCUUUCAGCGGAGGUUUUGGAAGUUAUUUAUUUGGAAUGAGUGAGCGGAUUGCUCAUAAAGCAUCAGGCAGCAAAGAUUUCAAAGAUCCAUCAUUAGGAUGGAUGAUUGGUUUUUUAUUUGUUGUUAGCUUUCUUGGCCUCUUCUCAGUUGUACCCCUGCGAAAGAUCAUGGUCAUAGACUUCAAAUUAACUUAUCCAAGUGGUACUGCAACUGCUCAUUUGAUUAAUAGUUUCCACACUCCCCGAGGAGCAGCACUAGCAAAGAAACAGGUGAGAUUGCUUGGCAGGUUUUUCUCUGUGAGCUUCUUGUGGGGCUUUUUUCAAUGGUUCUUUACAUCUGCAGAUGGUUGUGGAUUUGCACAUUUUCCAACAUUUGGGCUCAAAGCAUAUGCAAACAAGUUUUACUUUGACUUCUCAGCAACAUAUAUUGGAGUGGGGAUGAUUUGCCCCCACAUAAUAAAUGUAUCAGUGCUUGUUGGAGGAAUUAUCUCCUGGGGCAUAAUGUGGCCUCUCAUAGAAGAUAAAAAAGGUCAAUGGUAUAGUGAGAAAUUAAGCUCAGAUGACCUAAGUGGACUUGAAGGUUAUAAGGUAUUUAUAGCAAUAGCUAUAAUUCUUGGUGAUGGCCUAUACAACUUCUUCAGAGUAUUGUCUCGGACCCUCUCCGGAUUGUUCGACCAACUUCAACGCAGAAGAGAGAGUGAAGAUUUUUCCAUGGAAAACUCAUCAAGGUCUGAGUUAUCUUAUGAUGAUGCACGAAGGAAACAACUUUUUCUUAAGGAUCAAAUACCAAUCUGGUUUGCCAUUGGAGGCUAUGUUGUAAUUGCUGUAGUGUCGAUGAACACUCUUCCACACAUCUUUCCCCAGCUAAAAUGGUAUUAUAUUUUGGUCAUCUACAUCUUUGCUCCUAUCUUGGCCUUCUGUAAUGCAUAUGGAUGUGGACUCACAGAUUGGUCUCUGGCAUCCACUUAUGGAAAGCUUGCCAUUUUCACAAUUGGUGCAUGGGCUGGGCCCUUGCAUGGGGGAGUUAUUGCUGGUCUAUCAGCUUGUGGGGUCAUGAUGAAUAUUGUCUCUACAGCCUCAGACCUUAUGCAGGAUUUCAAAACUGGUUAUCUAACUUUAGCUUCACCUCGCUCCAUGUUUGUCAGCCAAGUAGUCGGCACAACCAUGGGCUGCAUUAUUUCCCCUUGUGUCUUUUGGCUCUUCUACAAGGCAUUUGAUGAUCUUGGUCUUCCAACUGGUGAAUACCCGGCCCCUAACGCAGUUCUUUUUCGCAACAUGGCUGUGUUGGGUGUUGAAGGCAUUUCAAGUCUACCAAAGAAUUGUCUUACCUUUUGUUACGUGUUCUUUGCCAGCGCAAUUUUGAUUAACUUGAUUAAAGACUUGAUACCAAAAAAGUGGGCAAGGUUCAUUCCCUUACCCAUGGCAAUGGCUAUAUCAUUCUAUAUAGGACCAUACUUUGCAAUUGAUAUGAGCCUUGGUAGUCUGAUAUUGUUUGUGUGGCAGAAGUUAAACAGAACCAAAGCCGAAGCAUUCGGUCCCGCCGUAGCAUCUGGUUUGAUAUGUGGGGACGGGAUUUGGACGUUGCCUAAUUCAAUUUUGGCUUUGGCGGGAGUCAAGGCGCCAAUUUGCAUGAAGUUCCUUUCAAGGUCAACCAACGCAGAAGUAGAUAAGUUCUUAAGAUCAUAGAUCUGAAAUUUUGACUCUUUGAAUUUAUCUAUAGCUUUGCGGUAGCUAAAUACAUGUAUGGGCUAAAUUAUCUCAACGCCACCCUCUUCUUUUGGUUUCUUUUAUGUUUGUAUUGGUUUCUUUGGGGGCAUGGGAGAGCCAGGCUUUAUUCUGUUGUAUGGCGAAGGGCAGUUGUGGUGAGAUUCGAAGAUAGAAAGAGGGAGAAGCAAAAUUUUACUGGACAAUGAUGAAAAAUGUGGCCUAGUUUUAACAUGUAUUUAUAUGCUAGAUAUAAUGGUGAAAAUAAAUGUUAAAUUAGGUGUAUUUGUGAAA